GGUUCCUCCAGCCUCUCUAAGCUGCGCCAUCUUGACCAGCAGGAACAGGUACUCUACAUCAGGAGCGGCUCACCGCGGUCGAGCAGCCGUUGACCUUCCGUCCUCCAACUCGCUGUGGAAACAUGGCUCUGAGCCGCCUGGAAAAGGUUCAGGCGUGGCUCUUCAGAGCUGUCACGUCCUUCUUCUUCAUGAUUUUCCAGCUCCUCUCCAGCCCCGCUGCCUCCUCGAGGAAGUUGCCGCCCGUCAGCAACCCGCUGCUGCUCCAGUCUGCGACGCAGCUCGCUAAGAAGAUCCGGAGAAAAGAGGUAUCCAGUGUGGAGGUGGUGCAGGCUUACAUUGACAGGAUCCAGGAAGUUAACCCUUUUGUGAAUGCUGUUGUGAAAGACAGGUUUGCGGCGGCCCUCCAGGAGGCGGCGCAGGUUGAUAAGCUAAUAGAGGAGGAGACGGGCGGAGAAGACGUUCUGGAGGACAGACUUCCUCUUCUGGGCGUCCCACUGUCCGUCAAAGAGUCCUAUUCCCUGCAGGGCAUGCCCUUAUCCACAGGGUUGCUAUCCAGGCGGGGGGUCAUCGCCUCCGUCGACGCUCCCCCCGUGGCGCUGCUGAAGAGAGCCGGCGCCGUCCCUCUGGGCGUCACCAACACCAGCGAGCUGUGCAUGUGGCUGGAGUCCCACAACCACCUGUACGGAAUCACUUGCAACCCGUACGACCUGGAGAGGAUAGCGGGAGGAAGCUCAGGAGGGGAGGGCAGCAUUCUGGGAGCAGCAGGAGCGGUCAUCGGCGUGGGCUCGGACAUUGGCGGCAGCAUCCGCAUACCUUGUUUCUUCAACGGCGUGUUUGGCCACAAAACCACUCCAGGUGUGGUGUCCUGUGAGAACCAGUACCCUCCCACCUCUGGCACACAGCACGAGUACCUGAGCUCUGGGCCCAUGUGCCGCUACGCUGAAGACCUGCUGCCCAUGCUCAAGAUCAUGGCAGGACCCAACGCUCACAAGCUGUCCUUAAAUGCAGCUGUGGACCUGAAGAAGCUGCGGUUCUUCUCCGUCCCUCACGACGGCGGCUCCCCCUACUCGUACCCCGUCAGCAAGGAGCUGCUGGAUGCUCAGGAGAAGGUGGUGAAGCGUCUGGAGGCUGACCUCGGGGUCAAAGUGCAGGAGGUAUGCCUUCCUGAGCUGCGCUACAGCUUCCAGAUCUGGGACACAUACAUGAGUCUGCCUGAUGAAGAAGGCAAGCCUCCUUUGGCCUUCGCGGAGCUGAUGGGGGAGCCGGGUCGACCGGCGUGGGCGUUCUGGGAGCUGCUCAAACGGAUGGUGGGAAAAUCCGAGCACACCAUACCUGCUAUCUUGCUGGCCCUCUUCGAGAAGACCCACCUGUCCAUGUCGUCGCCUUUCAUCAUCCAGCAGAAGGAGGCGCUGCAGAAGAAGAUGGAAGAGCUGCUGGGCACCGAUGGGGUGUUGCUUUACCCGCCUCACCCCCGAGUGGCACCCAAGCACCACCACCCGCUCUUCAGACCCUUUGACUUUGCCUACACGGGUAUCCUGAACAUCCUGGGGCUGCCGGUUACCCAGUGUCCUCUGGGGCUUGGUGAGGAGGGCCUUCCUCUGGGCGUGCAGGUCGUGGCCGGGAAGCUGCAGGACCACCUGACCCUGGCUGUGGCCCUCUACCUGGAGAAGGCCUUCGGAGGAUGGAGGGACCCCGGAGCGAAGUGAAGCCCCUCCUGCCUACGGACUGACGGUGCGUUGAUGAGAGAGCUGCCGUCUCCUCGUUCUGCCUCGUCGCACCGCUGCAGCACGCGACCGACCGCACACGACCUGUGUGCUAGACGAGCAAGUCUGGUACUAAUAAGGAAAAACUCGUUUCAGUUUGAUGUUUUUUAUCUCGGACGCGUCGGAUCAUUCACAUUUUCACCGGGGACCAGUUUUUUUUUGUCACAUCUGGCUUGUUUUUAUAAGAGCAGCUUGUACGGUCGAUACUACGAAAUCCUCAUUCUAGGGUCUAAACAGCUUAGACAUAAAAUUCAAUUCUAUCGAAACAGUAACUUCAUCAUUGACCAAAGUGCAUUAUAGAGAUUAAACUGGAGGAUCUAACGAACCAGAGGAAUGAAAUGCAGAUGUUGAUGUAUGUUGGUGAAGGUGAUGCUAAUUAAGUGUUAACAUGAGAAACUAAAAAAAAAAAACAA